AUGCCUGCUCAAAAUACGCCGAAAAUCGAAGGUGGUCAUGGCGGUAAAGGAGGCGACGGGCAUACAGGCGGAGACGGAGGAGUUGGACGCGGCGUUCAUAUGAACAUGACUGACGUCCACCGCUUCGCUCAUAUCAGAGGCGGAGACGGAGGCGAUGGUGGAAAAGGUGUCGGCAAGGGCAAAACGAAAGGCGGCAACGGCGGCGAAGGGGAGGCGCCCCGUUUGUUUAACGGGCUUAUCGAGCUGCCGGCCCACACCAAAGUCCCCCGCGUUUCGAUCGACACAUUCUGCGACGAAUACCAUCUCGCCACGCUGAAGAAGGGCCUGAAGAAGCACAAGUUCAACUCCGUCGGCGGACUGCUGCUGGUAUCGGAAACUGAUUUGCAAAAGCUGAAGUUUGGGCCAGGGGAGAUAGCAGAGAUGAAAGGAGCGUUGCGACAGUUUUGCCGGGCCAACAAGAUCAAGACGCUUGAUUAG